AUGUCAGAGGUUCUGCCAUUCAUCAAAAUAGGUGUAACUGGCAAGAUGCUCCAACUGCAGUAUAUGAAUGACAUCCUCAGACAUCUAACUCAAAAAAAGCUAGCAGCUGUUUACCGCCUUGGCGACAGAUGCCACAAGGAUGCUCAAAAGCGGCAACCACUAUUAGCACAGUUAGCAUCAAUAAUUGCAGUGAUGGUAUUUACAUCAGCCACUCAGUCAACUCAGUCAACACAGCUCACUGAGCUAGUACUCUGCAAGCAGAUGACUAUUCAGAGUUUCAUCAGUGAAUAA